GGAAAACAUGUAGAUAAAGCCCCAUGAGGCAGCCGUACAGGGGAGAUAGAGCGAAGGCGCGCUGUCAUCAACUGCGUCCUCCAAUCCGGACACACCCAGAGGCAGGAAUGGUAAUCUCUCAUUCGAAUCCAGUGGACAGUCCUAAGCAGCAGUCGCCGACUGCAUCUUUUCUCGAUCUUGAGAGGCGCUAUCGUCAACUGCGUCCUCCAACUCGGUCGCGCCGAGAGGCAGGGAUGGUAAUCCCUCAUCAGAAGCCAGCAGACAGUCCUGAGCAGCAGUCGCCGACCUCAGCUUCUGGUGACCUUGCAGGGCGCAGUCGUCGACCACAUCAUCUGACCCAAUUGCACCUGGAGGCUGUAAUGCCUAUCCGUCAUGGGAAUAUAGCAGACAGUCGUGAGCAGCAGUCGCCGGCUGCAUCUUCUUGUGACCGUGAGGCUGGCCUUCAUCCACUCCGUCGUGGAAGCUCAGCAAACGAUCAUCAGGAGAGGAGUGCAUCUCCUGCGGAUGUCGAAAGUCACGAUGAUCUGGUCCGUCAUAGAAAGCCAGCAGACAAUAAUCAGCAGCACACUUCAUCUGCUGCUCACCAUUCUGUGAGUGUCCGUGAGAAUCGGGGAAACAGUCAUCAGCGGCGGGCUGCAUCUCGUACUGAUUUUGAAAAUCGCGAUGAUCUACUCCAUCAUGAAAAACCUUCAGACAGUUAUCCGGGACAGAGUUCAUUUCCUGCCGAUGUCGAAAUUCAUGACGACGAUCUCGUCGGCCUUCAGGGAAAGCCAGCAAACAAUCAGCAGCAGCGCAGCUCAUCUGCUGCUGUCCAUCAUCUGAGCGCGCACGAGAAUCCGGCAAACAGUCGGCAGCGAUGGGCUGCAUCGCGUGCUGAUUUUGAAAGUGACCAUUAUCCGCUCCAUCGUGAAAACCCCACGGACAGUCAUCAGCAAGAGAGUUCAUCUCCUGCAGAUCUUAAAAGCCACCAUGAUGUGGUCGCCCGUGAGAACCUGACAAACAGUCGUCAGUGGCAGGCUGCCUCUCCUGUUGAUGUUGUAAUUCGCCAUAAUGUACACCGUCAUGGAAACCCUGCAAACAGUCAUCUGCAGCAGAGGAGUUGCCAUGAUGUACCCCAUCAUGGAGACCCCGCAAACAGACCUCAGCAGCAGAGGAGUUCACCUCCUGCUGAUGUGGUCAUCCAUGAGAACAUGCCAAAUAGUCAUCAGCCGUGUGCUGCACGUCCUCCCGAUUUCGAAUGCGGUAAAUGUUCAUGUAGGAUAGUUGACUCGGCCGGUGCUUCUGCAAUUGCUGUAUCUGCUGCCGAAUUUGGAAGGCGCAAUGAUCGUGGAUGUAGAAACGGGACCUUCCCUGGCGAUUCUGAAGCGGCUGCAUCUUCUGCUGAUUCUGAAACUCACUUUUAUCCACAUGCUAGCGGAGACUUGGCUGGUGUUUCUCCUAUCGCCGCCCGCUCAUCCCGGAGUAAUGAUAGCCGGCACCGUCGCCUGGAUGCAAGUGGAGAACUGUUAGCUGACUUUGCUACAGGCUGCAAUAUUGAAACCCGGCACCGCUACGUGAACCCUGCGGAGAGCUGUGAGCAGCAGGGGAUGGCAUCUCCUGCUGAUAUUGCAGCCCAUCAUCAUCAGGGAGCACCUCCUCUUCGUAUGAGCAGGGAUGGCUCCUCUUCGAUUCCCCAAGGUGCUGCGUCACCACGCAAUCAUGUGCAACGUGAGCGGCAGGUGUCACAUGUGCUGCAGGCUUAUGAUGUCAGUUGUAAUCCAGUUCCAAGGAGGAGCAGCAGUAAUGGACAACCCUACCGUCCCGAGCGGCACGGCUCUAAUUUGUCACAUUAUGGCACUGCACAUGAAAGUCCGGCUACGACUGUAUUACCUGAUGAUGGUGCGACCUAUCAUGGUCAUCGGUCACAAAGCAGAGACUCUUGUCCUCCAGCACAACAGGGAGGCGUAAGUCGUGAAAUGAUUGUAGCAACAGAGCAGAUUGCUCCAGGCCAAUCGCGGCAGACACAUCUUCGAGACGGUGCUUCGAACAUCGGAAUUCGAUCAGCAUGUAGCAGUCACCAUUUGGCAACAUCCGCGGAUGCAGGGAUGGAAGGCAUACCCGGGAAUACUGUAUGCGCUGCUCGAUUUCAACCUGAAGCUGCGCUUGUGUCAAAGCAUUCAGUGCCGGUGCAGACACGGAGUCAUUAUAAAGAAGACUGCUCGUCAUCCAGUGUCCCAACUCUGGCAGUUGAGCCCCUGUGGCCAACUUCCAUCUACGUCAAUGUCGAGACACGGAAUGUAGGCCGGUCUGCCAGCACUGGCAAAGUAGAUCAGUCUGCGGGCACUGGCAAUGUAGGUCGGUCUGCGGGCACUGGCAAUGUAGGUCGGUCUGCGGGCACUGCUAACGCAGCGACCCGCAGAGGUGGCACGGUGAGGUAUCAGACACUUGUUGUCAUGCGGCAUGGGCAGCGCAUUGAUGACAGCCCGGAGGCCAAGGAGUGGGUUCGGGGCCAUCCGCGGUUGUGGGAUCCUCCUCUUUCCAAAAGUGGACAACAACAGGCAUACGACGCAGGAUUGGCGUUGGCAGACAUGGGCAUAUCAAGAGUUGUUUGCUCACCGUUUCUUCGCUGCAUUCAGACUGCAGGGCGUAUUCUUCAGGCCCUUAAGUCUCGCAGCAGAUGUCCAGAAAGAGUAGGUAGCCGUGGGAUCGAUGCUGUGUCACAACAACGCGCACCCCGUGUCAAAGUUUCUGUUGAUUCUGGUGUAUGUGACGUCUUCAACCCGAGGGUAAUCAAGGAGAGGCCAUCUGAUGAUACCUGGUUUCCGGACCUCAUCACAGACUUACAGAGACUGAUUCCCUUGGAAAACCUUGACUUCCCGGAUCCGUGGGUUAUCGAUCUUCCCAAAUGGCCCGAGUAUGAGGUGGAAGCUCGGCACCGCUUCAUGCUCGCAUACGAGAGGAUAACUGCACAGUACGCUGGUGAAAAUGUACUAGUGGUUAGCCAUGGUGAUGGAGUGAGUGCUUCGAUCACAAAUCUGGCUCAGGUAGUUGUCUAUGAGGUGAAUUUCUGUGGCUACAGUCAUGCAUGGCGCACGGUUGCAGAACGGGGUUUUGGUGAGUGGAAUCUAGUUACAAAGUCUGGAGACUCUGGUGUGUCCUGGAUCGAUUAGAGUAAAGGUUGAAGAUAAGC